CAUUUUCUUUUCGGCCAAAGCAUUUUGGGAGUCUUGUUGAAAGCUCAGACUUCUGUUUCCUCUAAAGCCGUCCUUCGACUCAAGACCCUAGCAACGACUCUUAACGAUAACCCAUCAACGACCAAGAGCGACAAAACACACACCUGAAUUGGCUCCCAACACGAUAACAAGAUGCCCUUUCGACGACCGGGUAGCAGGGUUGUCCAAGCGAUCGGGUUGGCCCUGGCCCUGAUAACGCCAUGCUGUCGAGUCGUAGCACAAGACCCGAACAAAUGCGACUUAUGCUCCGACGGAUCUGAACCUGACAUGUCCUUGAUGAGUGCCGACUUGGGUUGGAGUUGCACAGAUCUUAACCAAUUUACAAUUUAUCUAAAGGCGGGAGACAAAGAAUGCAUCGAUUUGCAGCUUAUUGGAUUCCAAGAUUGUGGUUGCCCGACCUAUCCACCAGGAUAUUGCACACUUUGUCCGGGGGGAUUUUCUGAUAUACCAGAUAGGGAUCUGAUCGUUCCGUCUCCUCAGAAUCUGACGUGCGGAAAAAUUUUGUUUGUGAACUCUGACGCUCUGGCAGGUGGAUGUGGAGAUUUGGAGCCUUAUCGAGACCACUGUGGAUGUCCCUCGGAUGCUGAGUGCUCUUUUUGCGCAGAUGGCACCAUGCCAAUGAAUAUGGAUCGCGUCAUUCCUUACCUCUCCAAACCCAGUGAAACGACAACCUGUGCGCAACAAGCCCAAAGAGCCUUUAGCGCGACCGCUGAGCAAUGCCAAGACAUCAUUGUCCCACCAGUGGCUGUCAAUGUGCAGGGUUUUUGCGGAUGCCAAGGGACCUUUCCAUCCAGUCUGUGCAGCCUUUGUCCCCUAGGAAUGGAUAUUGCUAAUCCGGAUUUGGUUUUACCAGACACAGGGGGGCUGACUUGCCAAGAAAUGGACGAGUACUUGAGCUACAUCACCGAUGAGGCGUCCUGCCAGGCAAUCGCAGAUAGCUCUCAAGUAUGUUGCCAACCCAUCGAAGAGUGCCCUGUCUGUGAGGGGGUCCUUUUCAAUGAGGAUAAGCUAUAUGAGCCAUAUGGUCUGACAUGUGCGAAUAUUGGUUUGGCGUCAGACUUUGGCCACCCAAUGUCUUGUGAGGACGUCCAAACUCGAUUUCCCUACUUUUGCGAAUGUGCUGAUGCCAUUCCUGCCUGCACACUCUGUCAACUUGGAGAAGUUCCACCCGAAACUGACAAGCCCAUUCCCUUGUUGGGUACUACCUGCAAAGAAGUCAACGACUAUGCCUCCAUUCGCUUGACCUCCGAAUGUGCCCAAGAAAUGGCAAGCCAAUCAUUUGAUUCGUCUGCAUACUGUGGAUGCACAGGGUUCGAGCCUCCCAACCAGUGCACAUUCUGCCCCGAGGGUCAGAUAGUCAGACAAAUCAAUAAAGCACCAGAGUUGGCUGGUGGUGCCACCUGUGGAGAUCUCUUAGACUUUGCAAGCUACGUGACAACAUAUAAUCUUUGCAGCAGCGUUCAAGCGUUUGCCUUUGAAUGUUGCGUGGACCCGGAUUCGCCGACAGAAGCCCCUUCGCCUGGCCCGCCGCCAGACGAGACAAUCGCUCCCGGCACACCAGGAACAGCGAUUCCAACAGCCACAGACACCCUAGCCCCAGGUACAACCGCGGCGCCAACAGCAACGAUGCCUGCGCCAGCCGAGAGUAGUGCCGAUGUUCCUCUCGCAAGACUUGGGACAAGUCUGGUGCUUCUACUAUUCACCUUGUUGGCUCCCGGAUUCUUGACUUGAGCACUGCAUCGUAGAAACUGUAUCACUGCCAAUGAGUUCUGUGCUUGAUCAAUCGACACCACUUUUCCAAGCCGAGAACGAAAGAGCGUUUUAACACAAUGUUAACUAUCCAACGAGGAAACGUUAAAGCGAGCUAGCUAAGUCUCAGGUACAGGUACCAGGUACCUGAAGCUUGGUUCGCAGCUUCGCUUGGGCAGAAAGCAAUGUGGUACCCGGUAAAACAAACUCGAUAAGACAACAAGCGGACAAAAGGGGUGGCGACGAUGACAGGAGGACUAUUCCAUAGUUUCGAGGGGCGACGACUAUCCAGCGUCAAAGGAGGGCAGCUUCAUGGGUGGGUCAAUGUAAUGAGCAUUUUAAAGUAAUAC